UACCUACAAUGAGCUUUUUUUUUUUUUUCUCAUGGCAUUGCUAAUCGCAGAUUUAACCUUAAGACAGUUAAUUUAAAUACUCUAGCUUUGUUUAACUGGUACUACUCUACUGAAGAGCUUUGCGUUUCUCAUCAAUUCUUACCAUGAUCUGUUUCAUCUUCUGUUUUUUUUUUUUUUUUUUUUUUUUUCCUUUGCUAUUCUGCAUACUCUAAAGACUGACUCUUCAAAAAGUCUCUCCCUGUGUAACCUGAUCAUGGAGGAAACUCCAGACAGUGGGUUGGCCGAAGAAAUUCAAAGAUCUCAGAUUGACCUAGGUGCAUUUAUUUGGGGCCCUAAUGGUAGUACAGAGAGUGUCAGCCAGGCAAUUACCCAAGGUGGGUCUCAAGAAGGCUCUUCAUGUCUCUCUGAAGCAGAGCAAGACAUGGGAUUAUCCACUGAAAUUGCUUCUUCUGCUGACUGGCACACUGUAGCUGAACAGGGUGAGCAUAUCAUGGGGCCAGCCCCUCUGUGUGGAAAUGAGCACCUGUACCCAAAACCUGUGCCUGAGGCUGAAUUUGUCACAGUGGCCUCUACGGAGAUGGAGCAGCCUCAUGACUUACCUGCCUCAGAGAUGGCAGCCACAGAAACUGGUGGCCUGGUUAAAGAAAAUCAAGAAGAUGUUAAACAGUCAGAAGAAAAAGAAGAGAAAAAGAAGAUAGAAGAUUCUAUGUGGGCAGGUGUGGAGACAUGUGAAAAGGUAGACACUAGAGUUAUUGAUACCAAGGCACUAGAAGGUACAGAGGAGUUUGAGGAGAAAGCGUGUGAAAGUACAAGAGACAGGCUAGUAGAUCUUCUUAAGACACUGGGAAAGCAAAACCAGGAGGCCAUAGCAGUUAGUGAAGAGGAAAUGAAGAAAGAGCUAAGAAUUGGUUGUAAGGAAAUUGAAAAGGCCAAUGAAAAAUAUUUUGAUAAGACUGAUGUAUUAGAAGAAGACCUAGAAAGAGUAGAUACAGCAGCUAAAUUUAGGGACAGAAGCCAAGGGCUAGAUGAGGGGAAUCAAGUAGUAAUUCAUAAUUGUGAAAUUAUAGAGAGAUCUGGAGCUUAUCCCACCCAUCACACAGAUAUUUUUAAUCUGCAUUUCCAGACUGAUUCUGUAUCUAAUAGUGAAAAUGAAAGCCCUGAGGGAUGUGGUUUAGUUAGAAAAGACAUAAGGAAAAAUUUAAUAGACUCUUCUAACCAGGAUAUAGUACAUCACUCAGGACAAGGCGGUGCAGAUGUUGAAGAAAUUCAACAUAAGGCUAUGUUACAUACUCCUAGGGUUGACAGGAAUGAAAAUCAGGCUGUUGUUUCAUCAUUAAAACAUCAAGUGGCAGCUCAUUCUAGGACAGAGUUUAAUUAUUCUCUGGAAAAUAAUGCAAACAGGAGAGAUUGGUGUUUGCAUAAGGCAGAAGACUCAAUAAUAGAGGGUUCUGAAAGUACAGCAACUGGGAACUGCAGCCAUACCCUUAACUUGCCAACGAUUGUAAAAACAGACUCUUGGGCAACAUAUCCAGGUCAAAUCUGGCAGCCGAGCUUGGAUCCAGCAGUGAAUAAUAUGGAUAUAUUAGAAUUCUCUGGUAUACCAGAUGACCAAGCCAGUUGGCUUGAUCCUAUUAACCACUGGCCUAUCAGAGAUACAGAUGUUUUAGAUAAUUGCUGGGAGCAUUUUGAUACAGUUGAAGGCAAGUUGGACUUAGCAGUGGAUUUAUGUGGGGAGCAAGCCAUUGCUAACUGCUGGGAACAAAGUCGAGAGAUAGCUAGACCCUUCAUUCUGGGAACCUCCCACAAUGUUAGCACCGAGAAUUCUGCUAGUCCCCAAGACAGUGACAUCAGCAACUCAGAUUUAUCUUAAGAUGAAAUUGCUAACCAGAGAUAUGGAUUGUUGUACCAAGAAAUAGAGCCUGAUAAAGAAGAGGUACUUACCCCACUAUGUAGUAUAGACUAGCCAAAGACUUCUGUAGGUUCUGUUUUCCUAAUGUUUCCCACCUACUUCAUUAUCCAUCCAUCACUGUCUUCUCUGAGGCUUGCCUCAUCUCCUUGAAAUCUGUGCAGACCAAACACAAAUAGGUUGACAAAAAACAAAAGAACAAAAAACCAGUUACAAAAGCAGGAUCUUUGUGUUGGGAACUAAUGAGUCUAUUUUACCAUCCCAUUUAUUGUUUAUUCUAUUUUCACUUUUACUGUUCAAACACUAAAAACAACUAAAAAUAUGUAGAACAGACUAAUUUAAUCUUCCUAGAGUGAUUCUACAACAGUAAGAGCACAUGAUAUGUUUCUACCCAGGUCCCCUGAAACUAUAGACUCUCAUAAUAGCUUUCGAUCCAAAUGAUGUAUUAGAGAAAUACUGAAGAUGCUUCUGGAUUCUAUCAGUGGCCUAAAAAAGGAUCUACUUAACCCUUCGUGGCUUUUCUCUGGAAUCAUCUUCAUCUCCAUUGUGAAAGUGGACUUUGGUUAACACUGAGCCACACGCCAGUAAAUAUUAUUAUUUGUAAAAAUAAUCUUUUGUCAGCCUAUUUAAAAUAAUACUGUAUGGCCUUUUACAUUUCCUAAACACUUUCAUGCACAGCAACCUUUUGUAUUAUUUUAAAACAUGUAGUGGUCUUCACUUUCCAACUUGUCUGGUGGACAUUUACUGAUCCCACAAAAAUGAUAAAACAUAACAUACUUUGAUUUUCUUUC